AUGUCAUUGCUUGGCUCGGAGAGCCCGGCCCCGGACUCACUAGCCACUCCUUGCGUCGUGGCUCAGCUGCCUUUCGCGUAUGUUGGCCGCGAGGGCCAGAGUGUGAGCAAAGUUCUGGCUGGCCACAAGGCUCCUUACCUGCUGUAUGUCACACUCUCCGUCACCACGCUGAAGGAGGUGCUGCCGGAAUUUUGA